UCCAGUGGUAUUACCCCUAAAUAAAACAUUAGGGAAGUGAUUUAUCGUAUGGUGGGUGAAGUAACAACGAUUAGGGGUGGAAAAGCCCGCUGGUCGGGAUCUUCAAGAUGAACAGCGAUGCAGGGCUCUUGAAGCCUUCUGGAGUUGGUUUGGGAUGUGUGUUCAAAAAUUGGGAUGGAAAAUUUAUGGGAGCACUGGCAGGAAAGGAGAUGGGAAGUUGCAGACAGGUGGAGGCGGAAGCUAGAGCCAUCGUACUCGGAUUGAAAGAAGCUAAUCGAAGAGGUUGGAGUCCCUUGAUUGUGGAAUCAGAUUGUCUAAAUUUGGUGAAGCUCCUGGAACGUGAUGAAGAGCAUCGUACUGAGCUGGGAGUUUGGUGCAAAGAGAUAAGGAAACUGGCCGAAGUCAAUUCGUAGAUGUAUGGUAAGUAGGUCGAGUGGGCCUAUGUGCCAAGAAAGUUCUAUUCAGUGGCCCACCUGGCUCCUCAAUGGAACCAUAAGUUUGUUUGGAAUGACUGUCCACCCAGCUCAAUUGGGAGUUUGUUAGAGGCAGAAAAAGCCCAGAACUUUGAGAAAUAUAUGACAUGGCUUCCUAUAUAAAAAAGAAAAUGAUAUCGAAAUCCUUGCUUUUUCCUGGUGCUUCGUCAAUGGCAACCGUUGUCGCUGGAGCUUUGCUAUAUGCUGUUGGUGACGACUGCUCAUGGGCUUCGCUGUUUGGUCACCUAGAAGCGUAAAAGCGUGAUUUUGACUACACUGGAUUACAAUAUUAAGAACCAGAGUUUGUGAAUGGGCCAUUUAUUCCCAAGUAAGUUGUCGAGGAGGGAUCAAAGUGAUGGACUAACAGUUUAGUGGGACAAUUCCUUCCGACACCGCUGUAAAUUUCUUCACUCUAAUACAGGGAAACUAGUUAU